CCCCCCCGGGCCUGGCCGCCACUUUAACCAACUUUCUUUCUUCUCUCCGCAUCCCCCUCUCCUGCCCGGCCUGCGGGGCUCAGGGGCUUCGGGUUCGUCACCUUCAUGGACCAGGCCGGCGUCGACAAGGUUCUGGCCCAAUCCAGACAUGAGCUGGACUCCAAGACGAUUGACCCGAAGGUAGCGUUCCCCCGCCGAGCACAGCCCAAGAUGGUGACCCGAACGAAGAAGAUAUUUGUGGGUGGUCUGUCAGUGAACACUACUGUGGAGGAUGUGAAACAGUAUUUCGAGCAGUUUGGGAAGGUGGACGACGCGAUGCUGAUGUUCGACAAGACCACCAACCGACACCGAGGGUUCGGGUUUGUCACGUUUGAAAGUGAAGAUAUUGUGGAAAAAGUAUGCGAAAUCCACUUCCAUGAGAUCAACAACAAAAUGGUGGAAUGUAAAAAAGCGCAGCCGAAGGAGGUGAUGUCCCCGACGGGCUCGGCGCGAGGGCGGUCCCGAGUGAUGCCUUACGGGAUGGACGCCUUCAUGCUCGGCAUCGGCAUGCUGGGCUAUCCAGGCUUCCAAGCAGCCACCUACGCGAGUCGAAGUUACACUGGCAUUGCACCCGGCUACACUUACCAGUUUCCUGAGUUCCGUGUAGAGCGGACCCCUCUCCCGAGUGCCCCCGUCCUCCCUGAGCUCACAGCAAUCCCCCUCACUGCGUAUGGACCAAUGGCGGCAGCAGCGGCUGCGGCGGCCGUGGUGCGAGGGACAGACUCCCCAGUGCCCUAA